AUUAAAAUACAAAUUCUUCCAUACAUAACCCCAUCUCCAAAACCCUCAAAACCCUCCUAAUUUUCUGCUGCCACCAUAUCCUUUCUUCUUCUUCUUUCUUUUUCUUGUUCCCGCUCUCUGUUUCUCUCUCUCUCUCUCUCUGUUUUUCAAAACCAGACCCCAAAAAGAAAGAAUUUUUUGAUUGUUUUCUUUGUAACUGAAAUGCUAGCAAGUUAUGCAGAAGCUGUUGAGAAGAAGCCCUUCUGGCCCUAUUCUAUGCACAGCGGGUAGUAGCCCUUUCCUCAAAGCCAAAUCCUUCCCUUCUCUCUCUUCCUUUUUCCUCCCAAUGCCCGCCGCUGCUGCUUUUUCCAGUGGCUCUUCUGUCAUCGCCGCAGCCGCCGCCGCUUCUCGUUCCCAGAAACCCAUUUCCAAUUUCUCCUCCCGGUUCGCUUUUUCGUCUUCUUCUUCUUGCUGCAUUUGCCAGUGCUCCGCCGAGAAGAGGGCUCCGUUUCGGGCCUGGGUGGGCUCAAAGCCCUUUUGGCUUCAUACGGUCUCUGAUGGGUCGUCGUCGUUUUCUGUAUCAGCCGUAGAGUGUGCGAAGAGUACCGAUAAGGGUUUGGACUGUUCUGCUGGUGGUGGUGAAGAUGGUGGAGAGAAGGAACAGGGUUUGGAAGAGAAGCAGCCGCUGAGGUUGAAUAGGAGGCAAAGAGGUUCGUCAUUCACUGUCGGUGGUGCUUUGGCGGGAAACCCGGACCUGUUGACGAUUCCGGGUGUGGGUCCCAGGAACUUGAGGAAGCUGGUUGAGAAAGGUUUUGCGGGAGUUGCCGAGCUCAAGCAGCUGUAUAAAGAUAAAUUUUUUGGAAAAUCUAGUCAGAAGAUGGUUGAGUAUUUGCAGAGUUCUGUUGGAAUCAUCCACCGAAACCAUGCUGAGAGUAUAACUACUUACAUCAAGGAGAGUGUUGAUGAUGAGUUGGAGGAGGAUGGUUCGACCUCAGAUAUGAAGCUAGCCCAGAAGAAACGAAUCACUUUAUGUGUAGAGGGAAAUAUCAGUGUUGGGAAAACAACAUUCCUGCAGAGAAUAGCUAAUGAAACACUUGAGCUAAGAGAUCUUGUGGAGGUGGUUCCAGAACCAAUUGAUAAGUGGCAGAAUAUUGGGCCCGACCACUUCAAUAUAUUGGAUGCUUUCUAUGCUGAGCCACAAAGGUAUGCUUAUACCUUCCAGAAUUAUGUUUUUGUUACAAGGGUGAUGCAGGAGAGAGAGUCAUCUGGUGGUAUCAAGCCCCUGAGGUUGAUGGAAAGGAGCAUAUUCAGUGACAGAAUGGUCUUUGUACGAGCUGUUCAUGAAGCGAAUUGGAUGAAUGAGAUGGAGAUCAGCAUUUAUGACUCCUGGUUUGAUCCAGUGGUCUCAUGCUUGCCUGGACUUAUUCCCGAUGGUUUCAUCUAUCUUAGAGCAACCCCUGAUACUUGCCACAAGAGAAUGAUGCUACGAAAGAGAGCAGAAGAAGGCGGAGUGACCCUGGAUUAUCUACGUGGCUUACACGAAAAGCAUGAGAGUUGGCUUUUCCCAUUCGAAAGUGGCAAUCACGGUGUCUUAUCUGUCAAUAAGUUACCUUUACAUAUGGACAACUCUUUACAUCCUGACAUCAGAGACCGUGUAUUUUAUUUAGAGGGUAAUCAUAUGCAUUCAAGUAUUCAAAAGGUACCUGCUUUGGUUCUUGAUUGUGAACCCAAUAUUGAUUUCAGUAGGGACAUUGAAGCAAAGAAGCAGUAUGCUCGCCAAGUUGCAGAGUUCUUUGAAUUUGUGAAGAAAAAGAAAGAGGUUCCAACUACUAAAGCUGGUGAAAAUGAGAAUACUAGCCAUCCGCAAAUUAUGUUGCCGAAUACAGGAUUUUGGGCUCCUGAUAAGCCUUUUCCAGAGUCGGCCCUCAAAUCUCUGAGACGGACCAUGUCGUUCAUGUCUGGAUAGGAAGAUUUGCUUUCCAUGGGUUUUCAGUGGCUGUUUUCUUGGAUUCUCAUCAGGGGGUGGUGUAUUUUUUUGACUGGUGUGCGUCUGGCUGGUGAUGUGUUUUAGAUUUCUUGUGCAUGUAAAAAAGAAUGUCUUUUAACCCUUUAACCCAUUAGAGAUGUAGAGAAAGUCUGGGAUGGUCGUUAAAUUUCUGUAACUGUGACAUGCUUGAAGUUUAGUUUCUUUGAAUUUGAUAACUUGUUUGCUUAUUAGAGA